AUGGAUGCCGUCCAUCUUCAGAACACAUCCUCAAACACUGAGGUCGAUCACUGCAGCGCGGGGAAUCAGAUGAUAUACAAAGUCUUCUCCAAAGUGAUGAUGGUGGAAUUCACUCUGGCCUUGCCUCUCAACCUGUCAGUGCUCUACAUCUUCCUCUUCAAUAUUGUGGUGGCAGAUCUUCUGCUGGUGAUAUGCUUGCCAGCCAAAGCCUAUCACUUCCAGCAUGAAAGCCUAAGUGAGAACAAGCUGGUCUGUAAGGCCAUGCUCUUCAUGUUGAUUUUGAACCGAAGGGCCAGCAUCGGCUUCUUGACUGUGCUCUCCAUCGAUCGUUACUUCAAUGUGGUUCAUCCUUGGAAAAAUAUCUUUACCAAGACUUUAAAAAGGUCUCCCCAUAUCUCUGUCAUCGUCUGGCUACUGCUGCUCCCGCUGAAUAUCCCAGCCAUGCUGAAGACCUUUGAGUGCUGUAACAGUUAUGGGCGUAAAAUGACAUCGGUCGAGGACGUCACUGACACUUUGAGAGAGGUUGUGUUUUUCACCCAGAUUCUCCUCCCUUUCUUUGUGUUGGUCUACUGCACGGCCCACAAUGUCAACACACUCAAAAAGAAGACGUUGGGGAAUAAGGCCAAGCUGCAUCGAGCAGUGUUUCUGGUCACCUCAGUUGUGCUGGUCUUCUCUGUGUGUUUCCUGCCUUGUAUCAUAGCUAGGAUAGAGCUAUUGAUUGUCAGAAUCAAGGAUCAACACAAUGCUGAGACCAUUGCGGUUCAGAUCUAUGACGGUCUCAUGGUUUUAUCCUACAUUGACUGUUUGCUGGACCAACUGGUGUACUGUUUCUGCUACUCAGGGUUUACAGAUGUGUACAUGUCAAAUAGCUGUCCCUACCUAUUGAGCUAUAGAAGAUCCAAUGGUUCCACAGUCACAGAUGAACAAAAGUUGACCUCUCCCCCACUGCGGGACAAAGUGUGA